AGCAUAAGUGUUACCGUUACAUUAGGCUGUAGAUGGUAUGUCAUUAGAUACUUUCACAUCGCCUGCUCCUAGAAAUAGAAGAGUAUCUCGUUUAUCAUCUGGUAACAAAGUCCGAUCAGCAUUUAAGUCUCCUCUGCGUUCGCCAGCAGCUUCCGGACCCCCUGGUUCUUCUACAACCUGCUCGCCACUCAGCUCUUUGAUUUCUCCAAUUGCAGAAAGAAGAGGAACAUUCUCACAAAAAAGGAGAAGACCUUCAUUGGCGUUUAAUUCGUCAUUGAAGGUGAAAAGUCCCAAAGUUGAAGUUACAGAGCAGGACAUCUUAGAGCUAGAAGCAAAAAUUACUAUUCAGUUAAAGGAGAUAAAUGAUCUUGAAACAGAGGAAGGAAUAAAGGAGGAAGAUUUGAACAUCCAUAUCGAUAAGUUGCACGAGUACAACGAGGUUAAAGACGCCGCACAACUUGUAAUUGGUCGUUUAGCAUUGCAGCUACAAACCACCACACGACAGCUCUACCCAAAGUUUGGGCUGAACUUUGAAGAUUAAAACAAUUAUCUUGGUACAGGAAGGGGCAUCAUUAUCAUGGAGGAUCAACAUGACUUUGAAAGUUUUGUAACUGGUUUUAAAUCAAAAUUCAACGUCGGGUUUGACUUGGAUGAAAUGUUUCAUAGUGUAGUAAGAGAGGGUCUGGACAAUUUAGGAUAUGACCUGAACCUUGAUGAUACAUUUGAAGACUCUCAUAAAAUAUUGGACAAUGUAAUCACAGGGCUUCCUAAAGUUCAAAGCAUCUUAAACAACAUCGACCAAGAUUUGUCGGUUCUUGAAUCUGAAACUAAAAUAUUUGAUCGACAACUCAUGAAACUGAUGUCUCCUGACCCUGAGAUUAUAGAUGUGGAUGCCGAAGAUGAAAGAGAAGUUUUUAACUUUUCUGCUUCAAAUCCGAAAGUAGGAAGACCUGCCACAUCCAUGCCAAAUAUCUCAGUCAUACAUUCCACUUCGAGCAAAGCUGGUACCUCGAGUGCAGCUACGACUCUUGUCUCAGGCAAGACUACAAAGGAGGAACAACCAGUUAAAGCUGCAACUUCAGUUCCAAUUAAUGGCACACUUGGUGAAGAUUGUCUCUCUGUUGGUAUGAGGGUGCUUGCUUUCUGCAAAGAAGAAUGGAAAGAAGCGGUCAUCAUUGAUAUUUUAACAAAUAAAGGAAGGGCAAAGUACAAGGUUCGCUUUUUAUCCAAGCGUAAAACUUUUCUCCUAAUAAGUCAUCUGGCUUGUGUGGACACGUUUGAUACAUUUGGCAACCUGGCUAUUCCUGCUGGAUCAAGGGUUGCUGCAAAUUAUAAAACUGAAGGUAUAUAUUCUGGUGUAGUGGCGGAGGCUUCAGAUCGUAAAGUGAAUAGAAAUCGAUAUCUUAUAUUUUUUGACGACGGAUACGCAAUGUAUUGCAACCCACGCCAUGUGUAUCUUGUCUAUGGACCUCAGACCAACGUAUGGAUUUACAUAAGCCAUAAGCCAACAUCAGAUUAUAUAAGGGAUUAUCUCUCCACACCUGAACGUCCAAUAUUAACACUAAAAGAAGGACAAUCUUUAAAGGUUGAAUUUGAAGGUGAAUGGCACAAGGCAAGGUGCAUGAAGGUGGAUUGCAGCCUCGUUGAAGUUCUUUAUUUAUCCGAUAACAGCAAGGAAUGGAUAUACAGAGGCUCACUACGUUUGGAGCCUCUCUUCAGACAAGUACAUGGAUCACAAAUCAAAUCCGAGAAACAAGCAAACCCGAACAGGAUAGCUCGCGCACAUACUGGUAUGAGGAGGUCACACAUAGAAUAUGCCAUCAUAGAUUUAACACGAGAUGCCUCACCACCAGAUGAAACCAGAAAUGUUAAACCUGAAUCUCGUAUAGAGAAAAAGAAAAGUAUAGAAAAGAGUUGGGAAGCUCCUUGGAACCGAUCCCGAGAGCCAAGGAAACUCAGUGAUCAUCGAACUCCUCCUACUCGCCUCCCAAUGUCGUACACGGAGAUGCGAGGUGAUGUAGAUGUAGCGAGUAGGCUUGAACAAACUCUUAAUCAGUUGGAAGGGAAGCUUCAAGUGGAGGGGAGGGAUCGGGGUGACAGAAGCAGGAGUAGCGAGCCAACUAUGCAUUAUGCUGGGAAAGUUCGAGCUUCCAGAAAAUCUUCAGAUGACACGAGGCGACAGAAGUCUCCAUUAGUUGUACCAGAUGAUUGCAUUGAAAGGGAUAUAUCGAACCGUGUUGUAACUCGACAAUCUGCUUUGUAUGUUACACACAAGUGUAAUGAAUUUUGCGUUUUGCCUUUUAAAACACAAGAGUCCAAACUGCAUGGUAUAAACCCCCUGAUGAAACCCUUGGUAAUGGGAUGGACUCGUGAGAUAAAACACACCAAGCAAAUUAAAUAUCGGUCGGCUUACCAUGUGUGUUAUCGUGCACCUUGUGGAAAAACAUGCAGAAACAUGGCAGAUGUAAUGAGGUACAUAUUGGAAUGUCGAAUCAACGAGUUAGACAUCGAUCACUUUUGUUUCAACUAUAAAGUUCGAACACAAACCGACCCACUACCAAACCACGAUCACAAAUAUUAUUCAGCAGAUUAUUCAAAAGGUAAAGAAGACAUUCCAAUAAGUUGUGUCAAUGAAAUAACUAAUGAACCUCCUCCUAAAAUGCCAUACACAAAAGUUAGAGUGCCCGGAAAAGGAGUUAAAAUCAACACAUCUUCAAAUUUCAUGGUUUGCUGUGACUGUCCUGACAAUUGUAGAGACCGAUCUAAAUGUCCAUGUCAACAACUUACUGUGCAAGCCACCACAUGUUGCAGGGGGAGCAAGAUAAAAUCAGAUGCCGGAUAUAAAAACAAACGUUUGUUCUCGUUUCUACCAACAGGUGUCUAUGAAUGUAAUCCAAAGUGCAAAUGCAACAUGCAAUGUAGGAACAGACUUGUACAAAAGGGCCUUCAAUGUCGUCUCCAGCUUUUCAAAACGCACAAGAAAGGUUGGGGAGUUCGGUGUUUGGAUGACAUACCACAAGGAUCCUUCGUUUGUAUAUACACAGGCAAGAUACAAACUGAGGAAAAUGCGAAUCAGGAAGGUUUAUUGAAUGGUGAUGAAUAUCUGGCUGAACUCGACCAUAUUGAGGUUGCAGAGAAUGAGAAAGCUGAAUACAACGACGACGCUUCAAGUGGUUUUAACUCUGGUAGCGAUCAGAAUCCAUAUUCAAGUGAUGAUGAAUUUUAUUCAACUAAAGAUUUAAAAGACAGUGACUUUCCUGCAUCAUCAGAAGCUGUAGGUCCCAAUAAGGAACCUGGUGAAUGUGUUCGGGUGACACUGAAGCGUGAUAAUUCAUCAACAUGGCAAAUAUACCCCGAUAAUAAACCAGACGAGCAGGCCACUGACAAGAAGCUUGUAAAAAAUGCAAAACCCAUGUUUUCAGGAACAAGGAAGAAACUUGGCUACUCCAUCAACGUGUCCACCCCUCCAUCUGUCCUCACGGAAGAAGUAAGAAGAAGAAGAGCCAAACAGAUGGUUCCACGACAUAAUGUUGCCAAUGUUUCCGCAGAUUGGAAAAGUGCAGGAACUGGUAUGCAGAUACUGAACCUAAAUGAUGAAGACACGACUGAUACAGAUUCUGAUAACCCAGAUAUAAUGAACAGUUCAAUCAGGAAGGUUCCUACCGCAAGAAAAUCUACUGGUGGUUCCAAAACAAUGAGGGUCGUUCCAUCAGUGCUGCAGAACGAGGAAAGUAAUUCUGACAGUGAUGAAGAUAAACAGGUAGUGAACCCAACAAGAAGGAUGUUCGGCAAUGAUGGAGUGUUUAUUAUCGAUGCAAAACAAACUGGGAAUCUUGGCAGAUAUCUCAACCACUCAUGCAGUCCAAACCUGAUGGUACAGAACGUGUUUAUUGACACGCAUGACUUGCGUUUUCCAUGGGUGGCUUUCUUUACAAACAGCAUGGUACGUGCUGGGACCGAGCUGACCUGGGAUUACAACUAUGAGAUUGGGAGCGUUAGUGGGAGAGUUAUUUAUUGUUACUGUGGUUCAACAAAAUGCCGGAAACGACUUUUGUAACAACCUACAAACUACCUUUUUACUUCAUUUUGUUCCUUGCCAGUUUUUGUAAAGUUAAAACUCUUGUAAAAGACAACUCGGUAAUUCAGUAAUGCUUUGUUAUUAAAAGCCAUUCAGUGUUUUACCUGCAGUAAAUGGAAUCUAUACACAUUUUUCUGGUCCUCAUUAAUCAUAUUACUGUAUUUAACUGAUAUUGUCAAAAAUACAAGAGCUACAUUGCUUUCCAAU